AUGAGACAGAAGUGUGUGGGAGACGAGCUCUCACUCCGUCACAGAGACCACAACGAGCUCUCACUCCGUCACAGAGACCGCAACGAGCUCUCACUCCGUCACAGAGACCACAACGAGCUCUCACUCCGUCACAGAGACCGCAACGAGCUCUCACUCCGUCACAGAGACCGCAACGAGCUCUCAAUCCGUCACAGAGACCGCAACGAGCUCUCACUCCGUCACAGAGACCGCAACGAGCUCUCACUCCGUCACAGAGACCGCAACGAGCUCUCACUCCGUCACAGAGACCGCAACGAGCUCUCACUCCGUCACAGAGACCGCAACGAGCUCUCACUCCGUCACAGAGACCACAACGAGCUCUCACUCCGUCACAGAGACCGCAACGAGCUCUCACUCCGUCACAGAGACCGCAACGAGCUCUCACUCCGUCACAGAGACCGCAACGAGCUCUCACUCCGUCACAGAGACCGCAACGAGCUCUCACUCCGUCACAGAGACCGCAACGAGCUCUCACUCCGUCAGAGAGACCACAACGAGCUCUCACUCCGUCACAGAGACCACAACGAGCUCUCACUCCAGACCACAACGAGCUCUCACUCCGUCACAACGACCACGACGAGCUCUCACUCCGUCACAGAGACCACAACGAGCUCUCACUCCGUCACAGAGACCACAACGAGCUCUCACUCCGUCACAGAGACCACAACGAGCUCUCACUCCGUCACAGAGACCACAACGAGCUCUCACUCCGUCAGAGACCACAACGAGCUCUCACUCCGUCACAACGACCACGACGAGCUCUCACUCCGUCACAGAGACCACAACAAGCUCUCAUUCCGUCACAGAGACCACAACGAGCUCUCACUCCGUCACAGAGACCGCAACGAGCUCUCACUCCGUCACAACGACCACGACGAGCUCUCAUUCCGUCACAGAGACCACAACAAGCUCUCAUUCCGUCACAGAGAGAGGCUUUUGUCUCCGGACGCUCUGGACUACAAAAACUUUGCUCCAGGGCGUCUGUUAAAAGGUUGA